AUGGCGCCCGCUCCCUCUAAACAAGAGCUCCCAGCCUGGGGUCUCGCUCUCGCCGGCUCAGCAGGAGCACUCGUGGCCAAUAGUUGUGUCUACCCUCUCGACCUCGUCAAGACCCGUCUGCAAACCCAGGUCAAGCGAACCGCCAACGAUACCCACGUAGAAGAUGAAGGACAUGUGCACUACGAAGGAACACUGCACGCGAUCAACCACAUUAUCGCGGAAGAGGGAGUUUCGGGACUCUUCAAUGGGCUCGCGGGCAACUUGCUCGGAGUUGUGAGCACGAAUUUUGCCUACUUCUACUGGUAUAGCUUGGUGCGGGAAAUGUAUCACGCGCGGGUGGAUAGCAAGGGCACGAGUACCGCGGUGGAGUUGGGCUUGGGUGCAGUGGCAGGAGCUUUGGCGCAGUUGUUCACAAUUCCCAUCGCAGUGGUGACGACGAGACAGCAGGGACAGAGAAAGGGUGAGAAGAAGGGAAUUUUUGCUACGGCAAAGGAAGUCGUCGAUCAAGAUGGUGUGGCUGGGCUGUGGAGAGGCAUCAAAGCCAGUAUGGUGUUGGUUGUGAAUCCGAGUAUCACGUAUGGUGCUUAUGAGAGGUUACGGACCUUGAUGUUUCCCGGAAAGGCAAAUCUGGCGCCUCAUGAGGCCUUUCUCCUCGGAGCACUGUCCAAGAUGCUGGCCACGAUCGCGACACAGCCCCUCAUCAUUGCCAAGGUCGGCCUUCAAUCACGACCACCUCCACAACGAAUGGGCAAGCCCUUCACGUCGUUUCAAGAAGUGAUGAAAUUCACGGUAGAGCGCGAUGGAAUUCUCGGUCUGUGGAAAGGUGUCGCACCCCAACUCAUGAAGGGAUUCCUGGUGCAAGGCAUUCUCAUGAUGACCAAGGAGCGUGUGGAGCUGCUGUUCGUGUUGUUGUUCCGAGCUGCCCGCAAGAUGAGGCAAGAGCAGCUCGAGAAGCUCGCCAAAAUUGCGGCAGAAAAGGUCGAGCAGGGCAAGGCUGCGGCUGCGGCGCUGGAGACUGCGCAACAAGCCAAAGUAGCCGCGAGCAGCUAA